AUGUCCUCGGACUCGGAUAUUCAGUCCUUCUCAACGCUGACUGGUCAAAGGCAGUUUGUUGAUUCCAAGAUCAAAAAGGAGGACGAAGAGAUAGCCGCAAAGGGAAGCUUCAUACAUCUACUCCUAAAAAGUCGCCGUUCAUACCCUCCUCUAACAACUCGCACUGAAUUGCACCGCCUUCUCUGUGAUACACCGAAGUUGCUGAGAAAUCUCCUAAAUGCAUGUGAACUGAAACGUUUCAGGCUUGAAUCAAUCAAAACGCAGCACUUCUGUCAGAUGGCAUGCCCAAAUCGCUACUGCUAUGGCUUCCUCCUUAUGAUUUCUUGUUCUUGUGGUGUGCUGUUAAUAGCUCCGACUGAAGCAGAAGAUGAUGCAGGGUCACUCUUGGGAGGGAAGAAGCUGAUCAUUGGACUUCCUUAUAAAUCAGGCUACACCCAAUUUGUGGAUGUACAACAACUCAAUUCUUCUGAUAGCAAUCAGGUCGUCCAGGUUGGGGGCUAUUCUAUUAACGUCUUCGAUGCCACAAUAGCCUACCUUAAGCGUUCGAAUUACAAUAUUUCGUUCGAGUAUAGAGCUUUUGUAGACGAAGAGGGAAACAGUGCUGGGGAUUACGACGCACUUGUCCACCAGAUUUUCGAAGGAAAGUAUGAUGCUGUGGUGGGAGAUGUGACGAUUUUGGCAAAACGGUUGAAUUAUGCUGAUUUUACGUUACCAUAUACGCAUUCUAAUGUGAAGAUGCUUGUGAAAGUUCGACAUGAUCCACGGUUGAAUAUGUGGAUUUUUGUACGACCAUUUAGUUGGAGUCUUUGGUUGUCCAUUGCCAUAAUCUCUACUUUUAUCGGAGGUAUCUUACUAUUCAUGGAACGUAAUGUCAACAAAGAUUCAACGCAUGAAAAUGCACCAUGUAGGAAACAAUUCAAUGGGAUUUCUAUCCUGUGGUUUCCUGUUGUACAGGCAAUUUUUCCUGAAAGAGAAUCACUGGCCAAAAAUUGUUCAAGGUUUGUGCUGGUGAUGUGGUUGAUACUGGUAUUUGUGCUUAUGCAAAGCUACACAGCAAGCUUAUCAUCGAUCUUGACAAUACAUCAGUUGCAACCUCGGUACCUUAGUGAGAACGAUGUUACAGAAGAUCCCAACAUUAUUGUUGGAUACAAUCACGGUUCAUUUGUGGGAGACUUAUUGAUCAAUGGCUUGAAGAUCGAUAGGUCAAGGGUGAAGAGCUACGCUAGCAUUAAAGACUAUAAGGAGGCUUUAGAUAAAGGAAGUCGUAAAGGUGGUGUUGAUGCUAUUUUUGAUGAAGCUCCCUACUUUAAGGCUUUCCUCAAGAAUUAUGGCUCCAAUUAUGCCGUGGUUGGAACUAGGCACCAUGCUGGUGGAUUUGGUUUUGCAUUUCGCAAGGGCUCCACGCUAACCCCGCACUUUUCUAAAGCCAUAUUAAAUAUUAGCGAGAGUAAUGAAAUGGACUGCAUUCAGGAGACAUAUUUUGGAAGCAGCGAUGAUGAUAAAAACCAAGAACUAUCUAAUUCAUCAUCAUCAAAUGAUGCGAGUCCCAGUCUUACAGCUUACAGCUUUGCAGGUUUGUUCAUGGUCAUUGGAAUUCUUUCACUGUUAGCUUUGCUAGUCUCUGAAUGUCAUAUUUGGCGAAAACCUGUCAUGCUCGCGCAGACUUAUAGCCAACAAUUUUUCAGUCGGAGCUCUAAAAGAAUCAGUCCAUUAGAGGAAGGUUCUCCAACAACAAUAAAGGAUGACAAAGAAUGUUAUACACGCGCAGAAUAUAUUGGAUCAGAAGUUCUAGCAGAUAAUUAA